UUCCAGAGUUUGUUUACUCGAUAACCAAAGUAGCAAAAGUAAAAUCUGUGAAAUCUUCAAAAGCCAUCGUCGAUGAAAUGCAUUGACAUACUUCGUUCUUCGUCGGUCGUAGCUCAGCCUUCGUAACAGUUACAAAACCUGCUUAAUGUUUAAAGUAGAAAAGAGGGAUCGACUGGCAGCCACUUUCGGGAUCCGCCAUGCGAGAAGUUCUGUUUUUGAUCUUUCUUUGGACGGGAUUGCGCCGUCCUCCAUCCAAAGCUUCACCUUUCCGUCAUUUCACCAUCCAGCAUGCUCCCUGCAGUAUCUUUAUAUACACCAUGCAUGCGCCAACAGUACACUUCAAUGUAUGGAGACUGUUUUGAGUCAAAAAAUCUCCCGUCAUUGAGAGAGAUUGUUGUCGCUUGUGAUAAGAACUUUACGCCAUCUGUCAAGCCAUUCGCUACAGGUGGCACAUCACAGACAGACAGAACCAUUCGAAGCGCAUCAUUGGACGCUACAAGAAGAUGGAUCUUGAGGUUUUCUGACUACUUCGGAUCAUAUAAUCGUUAGUCCCUCCGUAUGUCUGAUUCAUUGCGACUGGGAAUACAAUGGUCGGAGCUUAUUCCGAUCGGAUUCCAUCACGGCUUUUAGAUCAACGGUAACAUAAUAUACUUUCUUUGGAUAUGUCGUUAACUGAGGCAACAUAGACCCAUCAGGUAAACUUCAUAAAUCGCUUGGUUUUAUAGUCCGGGCUUUUCUUGCGGCCUCCAUUACCGGCACCCAACUGUCACGUGCUAGUAACAGAGACAUUUGGUCUGCCGAGUUGGAGACCAGCUUUCAUGUGCUGAACCCAACUGUACCGAAGAUUAUCGUAGACAGUUGGACAACUGAGUUGGAGACCCGCUUACACGUGCUGAACCCAACUCUACCAAAGAUUUACGGUACCGAAGACAAUUGACAAUUGGUAGACUAAGUUCUCGAUGUGACUGCAGCUCUUUGGCGAGGUCAUAUAUAUGCGGCUGUGGUAAACUGGACAGCAACUUUUCCUGCAAAGAAUUUUGAUGGUGAGGAAUAACGACAAAGUCUAUACGUUGUCCUCGACGUAAAUUACGCUAUCAAGUAUAAUAUUCGUAUAAAAAGGACAUUCGAUUGAAAAUGGCGGAAACAAGCUUCGAUGACAAUAUAACGACGACCGUUGCACUACUCAAACCACUUCAUCGGGCGCGGUUCAUGCCACAAUCAGAAGGCAAGAACAUUGCCGCCUUUGUUGGCCUGUGUCCGGUUCUUCUCUCGAUAUGUAUCUUUGGAUUCUUCGGGAAUACACUUUCCUUCGUGGUAAUGUUUAAGGAAAAGCACCGAAGUUCCUCAAAUUUUCUCAUGCAAGCUUUGGCAAUAGCAGACAAUUUUGUUCUGUUGUUUUUCAUCCUAUAUUUUGUUGUCCCGACCGUCUAUGAUUUUACGUUAGCAUUCAAAGAAGGGUACGACUUCCACAUGCUUGCUAGAAACUUCACUGGCUUUGGUCUUUGGCUGAGCAAGACCAUUUCGAUCUACAUCGUGGUCUACAUGACAGCGGAACGAACUGUGGCCGUUUGUCUGCCGUUUAAAGCAGUCACUUGGUGUUCAUACAGGAAUGCGGUGAUUGGCCUACUAAUUGUUAUAAUUUUCUCGAUAAUGUACAAUUUGCCAAAGUUGUGGUAUUAUCAUUGGCCGAUUUACGUGUACGAUCCAUACUUUGGUUACGAGAGACCAAAAACUGUCCCUUACCUGGCCUUUGACGCACUGUUUUCUGAAGUGUACAUUACAGCUUUUUACUUUGUCUUUAUCUUUGUAAUUCCGCUAACGUUGCUGGUUGUCAUGAACACCAAACUCAUUCUGACGUUACGGCGAGCCAAGGCAGCGCGUGGUGACAUGGCACAAGGCAAGGGAAAGAAAGGGGACAAGAUCACUGAAAAGAUCGUCGGGGUGGUAACCGCGUUCAUUGUUUUGGAGUUUCCUUCACUUGUAGCCAACGCUGCUCUGUUGAUUGAAGUAAAAUCGAAUCCUGGGGUACCACCAUCAGCAGCCGCAGACAUUGCAUCGAGGUUGUGUUAUGUAUUGUCGGCUACAAACUCGUUCAUCAACUUUUUCAUUUACUGUCUAGCUGGGGAGAAGUUCCGUCGUCAGGUCCUGUGCCUGCUUGGUUGUGCUAAGCCUUCUAUGUCUGGCCCGGCAUCGGUGUCAACGGUCUCUUCUAAUGCCCCAAAUGGAACAAAAUCGGGCUCGCAGAUGCCACUAAACGGAAACUCCAUAAUGAACGAGGAAAGAAGGAUAUAGAGAUUUCUCAGUAUGAAGAAUGAGCAUGUACAUAUUUUCUGCGAUAGCAGCGUCGACAACUAUGUACAGUCGAAUAUUUUUAAAUUGUUUUAUCUUCAUGAUGUAAUUUCCAUAUCGGGUGCAACUUUUUUGUUGGACGUGAUAAGCUGUGGUUUAUCGUUGCUCUUAUUUUUGAUUAAUUUCUUGAUACCAAGAAUUCUUGGUGAUACUAAUAUCAUAAUAAAUUGGUAAUUGUCACAAUGGUGACGGGACUCAUGCUAGCUAUUCUCUCUUAUCACAAAUGUGCUACGAAUGGCGCAACGGGGUAUAACCGUAUAGGGUAGAAGUCCUUGACUGCAUGAUUGAGGCUUGUAGUCAUGGACGCCUAACAUACGGUUCCCUGUAGUAUCGAACGGUGGCUGGUAAAGGAUAUCAGACCAUUUUUUUGCUUUUGGUAUUAUCUCCAGAACUCGACUUUUUAUCUCGAGCGCUCGACUCGCCCGGGGGACGACAUUCGAAAAGGAAAGACGCGAUCGUCCACUGAUCAUGCUCCCAUACGCCCGCCGCGCUUACUGAGCGAUUCGCCGUUGUACUCGAAUGCAAGUUAACUGGAUGCAGGGAGUAAAAUUGGAUCGAUUAGCAAUUGCACACCUAUACCGUGCACAGAUCGGUGCAUUGCAGCUCCAACUCCUUCGUUCCGAGACUCCACUCCAAACCAAUGGACUCAUCGCCAUUUAUAGUUUAGCCUUUCAUUAUAUGUCGUAACCGGUAUAGGCGAUUGCAUGGCAGGAGCCGUCUUUCAUUCGUCUGUAUGUUAGUAAUGACACCGCAACUCGUUCUAAGUGCCUAAAAUGGUUCAUUUAGAAUGUACUGUAUUACCGAAUGAUCAAGAUAUUCAAUGACAUUCGGCUUGCUGAUGCUACCCGUCGUUUGAUUUUUAACAAGAUAGGAAUUACUCGAUAUUUAGAUCCGAACAGAAGUCUCAAUACCCUUUUCGACGACGUUCUUGACAUCAAUCAUGAUAUCGAUCGGCACACCUGAGGGCUUGACUAAUAUAAAUGUUCUUGGUUGGACGGUUCCUCGUCGCGGCCUUGCUCGGGUUUCAAGUACCAUCAUCUCCCGCCAAGGGCGACCAUUUUAAUUAUCAAACUUCUUUUACAAGUAUUUACGCUUGGGGGUCCUUGGAGAGUCGAGUAUUCAGGUAUUCGGACUACCAGGUUUGACUAAUCA